ACACAUCCGGUAUGUCAUGUUGUCUUAGAGUCCCGUAUUUGUUACUUAAUAUAUGUUAAAUUAAUUAAAUCGAUAAAUUAAUAAUAGUUUUAUACUGUUGAUAAUUAUCUUGUGUUUUCACAAAUGGCAGACGUACCAGCUGAUCCAAAAGCUAAAACGAAAACAAGCAAGAAACCAACUUCAGAGGAGCCGGUGGAACCAGCUUCUCCAAAGAAAAAGAGACCCUUCAAAAGACACGGACGUCUUUAUGCUAAAGCUAUUUUCACUGGUUACAAACGUGGACUGCGUAAUCAACAUGAACACACAGCAUUGCUCAAAGUUGAUGGAGCAAAGAGCAUACGUGACUCAGAUUUCUAUAUAGGAAAACGAUGUGUUUAUGUAUAUAAGGCAAAGAAUAGGACACCUGUUCCUGGCAAAAAGGGAAGGAAAACAAAAGUUAGAGCUAUUUGGGGUAAGGUAACGCGACCUCAUGGAACCAGCGGAUCUGUACGUGCUAAGUUUAAGAGAAAUCUGCCUGCUAAAGCUAUGGGUCACCGUAUCAGGAUUAUGUUAUAUCCCAGUCGGGUAUAAAUCUUAUACAAAAUAAGCAAAUAAACACCAUUUUGGUAACAAA